AUGCACCAUUUCUGUGUUCUCUGUAGGGUCAUCCUUGUGCCAUGCCCAUCUUCGCUACCAGGUAACCCUCCUAAGCGACUCGACUGGAAACAAGAAAUCCGUGCUGUCACGUCUCAUGGAGGAUUGUCAGCAGUGACCCUCACCGGUGUCGGCCAUUCCGAUGGGAGUGCUCUUUUGGCUAGUAGCGACCAUGAUACAUUUUAUAUGAGCCCAGAACAUGAAUUGGCAAGGCACUACUUGAACUAUUCACCACCGACUAGGAUAUGGACAUUUGCUUUUCAUGAAGCCUGCUGGCAGCUAUUAAAACAAAAGGUUGCCUUGUCCAAAGAUAGCCAGGCAGAGCCGCAACGUGUCGCAGAACUUUUAUUCCGGCUGCUCAACUGUCUGCCAUAUGACCGCUUCAAAGUUCCUUGCCCAAACCAUGACUUUGGCGGUGCCCUCAGAUUCUGGAAGUCACCGUUGAUUCUGCCAGAGUCCCGGAACUUUCUCCUGGCCGAUCCUACCACGCUCGCUCUUGGGUCGGUGACCCAGGCAACCAAAGAUGUUUCCGAACUGCCUCAUACCACAUCUAACUUUCAGGUUUCUGAGGAUAUACUCGCAAGGCUCUCGCCUGAAAUUGUGCAUUUCGACUUCUGGAAAAGCCGCUUUUCAGCUGACAGAGAGAUGGGCUUCUUUCCGUUCGAUCACGAGCUUUGCCUACAGUCAAACUCCAAGCUCAAUUGGCGAAGGCUUUACUUUUACUUGAAGUGUAAUUUACGCGACGAGUCGGAAACUGGCCACAUGCGCAACCGCCGCCGGAUUUGGCUACGCCUCGAUGUUGUGGCAAGAUCGUUGAUGCCACUUCUUAACCAGGAUUUGUGUCUUCAAGACCGCCAAAGCGUGGAGAAGGAUGUGAUUUCACAACGAUACGAGCUUGGGCAAUUUGUACGGACCCCGAUAAUAGAAGAUGCUCAUAAUUAUCUUCCCAGUGAGAUGGAUGCACGAUCUUUUGGAUUUCAAUGCAUCAUCUUGCGACCACAAAACGCGGACAUCGGCUCAAGGAUAUCCCUGUCACGCAUAUUGUUCGACGGGGAUUAUUACAUUUCUGGCAUUAGGCUCUCCGAGCCUAGCGAAUCCAACAGUUUUAAAGAGGUUUCUCGUGUUGGUUACAUCAUACCUCAGACAGAAAUUCAUGUAUCUCUCGGCCCCAACCAUUGCAUGACCAGGCUGCGGGUCGCUGCCUCUGCAAGCGGUAUAGUUGGUCUUAGUUUUUGCAUCGACAACGGGACUGGUGCUAUUGCUUGGAAAAGCAUAGGCACUGUUACUGAUCCUCCUGACGGUGUUGGUGUAGCGAUUUUGGAGCCAAAAACUGAUUCUCAGUUGUGUGGAGCAGUAAUCGGUUUCGAUGCAUGCAAAAUUGUAUCACUCCAGGUCCUUGAAGAAGGAAUUCAAAGCACAGACAUGCGAGUUGCUGCAAUGAAAGUGCCAGGUACGCUGUCUGGGCUCUGGCAUCCCAACAAGCCAGACACCUCCGUGUCUGGAGUCAUUCAUCCCUCUACACCCAAAGAUCAGCAGACAGUCGCCCCGCCAUAUUUCUUGAAUAUGGACUUUGGGGGCCUUGGAGGAGCCUUGAUUUCGCGUCUCAGUCGAAUCAUUGCUUUACACGAUGACCAGUACGGAUCCUCCAGAGGAUUUACCUUUUCCUAUAUAGAUGGUCGUACCAAGAGUUACGGUACGAGGUUGGUCAUAAGUACUGCAGGCGAUCGGUCUGCUUGUAUUGAGCAAUCGUUUUCUAUAGAUGGACCUGGGGGCGAGAGAAUUGUUUCACUGGAAGUCGCACCGGACGCAUCCUCAGAAAAUGAGAACAUCAGUAUCAUUAAGCUAAUGACCAGCCAUGACCGGACUUUGGAAUUCCGAAGGACGUGUUUAUCCUCGGUCGACGAAGUCGCGCAUUCAUGGCAAACAAUUAUCCCGCCUACCAGGAUGCCCAUUUCCGCAAUACUUGCCAGAGUUCAGGUAGGCAGCACUUUUGGGGUCCUACAGUCACUAGGUGUGCAGUAUGAGACUCAUUUGGCUGCUAAUCCCUCGAAAGUACCCCUCACAACUACCAGUGCGGAACACAGUAGUCUGCAUAGUUUCCGAAUGGAUGAAGGGACUGUGGAAAAGGCACCUAGUUCUCUUCGGCGCUCUGAGGGCUGCUUUACCUCAGUCAUGCUAACCGGAGUACGGCGCAUAGGCGUGUCAAAAGGGCUACCAGGACGAACACGGGAGUCUGAUCACGUUGCCGGACUCUGCUUCGAGUUCUGGGGCUCACCACAUCCUGUUAACAUUGGCCAGUGGUAUUGUGAAGUUGGCUACCUUUCUCUGAAGAAAGGCGAAAGGAUAUGCCAAUUCACCUUCUGGCAAGAGCAAGAAUCUUUGCCUGGUAACACUUCCAGAGAGAAUGGAGGGAGAAUCACUGGAAUCAAGAUCAAUAAAACAGGGCCUGGACAGAGGGACAUGGAGAUUGUCCUUGGCGACAAACAAGAGAUGCUCGCUUACUCGUUUACAGAGAAUCCCUAUGAGCGACUGAAGAUGGGCCUAGCCUGGAUUUUAAAUCGCGAGUGCGAUUACACUUAUGUUCUCACAGAACCGUCAGAGCACUUCCCCCGGACGUCUCUGACCUUGAACAGCAUGAUGCACAUGUGGCCAAACAGUCGCGCACCAGACAAACUGACUUGGCAGGUUGAGGACGAACAAGGCAAAUUAUGCACAGCCUCGCGAAUUCAUGCUGUCUUUUGCCCCAGCUCUGGAAAGCUCUCUGGCUUCAUCUUCGAAUACGGUACUGGCCAGAUAUCCAGGACUGCAGGAUCCGCAGAUGGUGUCAAAGCUUCUUUCAGUCUUGACAGCGAGGAAUGGAUAACCGGCAUGGAUUUACAACUUUGGAAAGAGAAAAGUGAAGUAGUGUUCUAUACAAGCACCGGCAGAGUAAACUCCCUGUCGGCUUCUGGUCUGUCCGACCAACCACGACAAAAGGACCCAGCAGAUUACCAAAUUUUCGAAUUCAACCAUCUUGAAAGUAGCAGGAAAGUUUCACGGGAGAGCUUGGAUGAGAGUUCCGAGUUCAGUGGCGAGUGCGUUGGAAUAUGGGUGACGAUGAAAUGGUAG